UGUAAUGUGAGGCUGUUUGUGUGUUUGUGUGGUUGAGAUGUGAGGAAGGAGAGAGGAAAAAAAAAAAAAAGGGGGAGGCAACCUGUGAGCAGGUCAAAGCCUACCGAGGCGUCAAGUUUGCGUUAAUCGCGGCGGGUACAGUUUCAGACAUAUUUGUCAAGCGGAGGAGUCAUCACCGGGGGAUCAGCUCCAGCACCGCCGCCGCUUCGGAGCCACAUUAUGAGUUGUCACGGACUGGACUGGACCGUGUGAGGUGAGCUGUGACUCUCCCCUUCUUCGUCUCUCCGUGCACCUGCAUGUACAGUGAGCAGCCCCGGGCCGUCGGAGAGGCGCUGUGCUCAGUGACUGUGCUGCACUAGGAGAACCCAUGGCUUCUGGCCCUCCAUCUCCCUCCGUAGGCCGCAGGCUCAGGCUGCUGGAGUUGCUUUUUGGGCCUCUGUUGGUGUUGCUGGUCGCUGGGCUGGAAGCACCGGUGCUGGGUCAGAAGGUCUACACCAACACAUGGGCUGUCCACAUACCUGGAGGUCAGGAGGAGGCUAAUCGAAUCGCCAGUAAACAUGGCUUCGUCAACCACGGACAUGUAUUUGGCGAUUACUAUCACUUCCGGCAUCGCACAGUGGUGAAGAGAUCGCUGUCGGAUCACAGGGGGACGCAAGUCCGUCUACAAAGAGAUCCCAAGGUGACUUGGGCAGAGCAACAAGUAUCCAAACGGAGGAAAAAGAGGGACGUCUUCGCAGAUCCCGUAGAUCCCAAGUUCAGAGACCAGUGGUACCUGUACAACAACAACCACCGGGACUUGAAUGCCAAAGCUGCGUGGCAGUUGGGCUACACAGGUAAAGGUGUGGUGGUGUCCAUCCUGGAUGACGGGAUCGAGAAGAACCAUCCUGACCUGAUGCAGAACUACGACCCGGAUGCCAGUUACGACGUGAACGACGGCGACCCAGAUCCUCAGCCGCGAUACACGCAGCUUAAUGACAACAGGCACGGAACACGAUGUGCGGGAGAAGUGGCGGCAGUAGCCAACAACGGGAUCUGUGGAGUCGGCGUGGCCUACGAUGCAAAGAUUGGAGGUGUGCGCAUGCUGGACGGCGAGGUGACCGACAUGGUGGAGGCCCAGUCCCUCAGUCUGAACCCCCAGCACAUCGACAUCUACAGCGCCAGCUGGGGUCCAGAGGACGACGGCAAAACUGUCGAUGGACCUGCCAAACUCGCCAAAGAAGCCUUCCUGCGUGGCGUUACGGAGGGUCGCGGCGGUUUGGGCUCCAUCUUCGUGUGGGCUUCCGGGAACGGCGGCCGGGAGAAGGACAGCUGCAACUGCGACGGCUACACCAACAGCAUCUACACCCUGUCCAUCAGCAGCUCCACGCAAAACGGCAACGUCCCGUGGUACAGCGAGGCGUGCUCCUCCACCCUCGCCACCACCUACAGCUCGGGCAACCUCAACGAGAAACAGAUAGUGACUACAGACCUCAAAUCAAAAUGCACAGACUCCCACACAGGCACCUCUGCUUCCGCCCCGCUGGCUGCUGGGAUCAUCGCUCUUGCCCUUGAGGCUAAUAAAAACCUGACCUGGAGGGAUAUGCAACAUCUGGUUGUACGAACGUCUCGCCCCGCCCACCUGCUCACCAAUGACUGGAGGACCAAUGGCGUUGGUCGCAAAGUCAGCCAUUCGUAUGGAUAUGGUCUACUUGACGCCACCGCUAUUGUCUCUCUGGCAAAGACGUGGACCAGCGUAGGGACGCAGAGAAAAUGUGUAAUCACCAUGGUCAGCGAGCCAAGGAACAUCGGCAGCCAUUUGUCUAUUAACAAGAGCGUGGACGCCUGCAUCGGGUCAGACAGUCACGUGACCUCGUUAGAGCACGUCCAAGCCCGGCUCACUCUGUCCUACAACCGGAGGGGAAACCUGGCCAUCCACCUCAUUAGUCCUGCCGGUACACGCUCCACUCUGCUCCACCCCAGGCCUCAUGAUUACUCAUCGGAGGGUUUUAAUGACUGGGCUUUCAUGAGCACCCACUCCUGGGACGAGAACCCCAGCGGGGCGUGGACGCUGGAGAUUGAGAACGUGGCCGGUGCCAGCGACUACGGCACUCUAACCCAGUUCGUCCUGGUGCUGUACGGUACCGGCUCAGCAUCUUCCAGCUCCUCUGAGAAGUCUCAGCCUCUCAACGGCAACUGCAAGACCUUGGAUCUGAGGCAGAUAUGCAUCGAGUGCAACGGCGGCUACUACCUCUUCCAGCAGAGCUGUGUGAAACAGUGUCCACCAGGCUUCUCAGUGGGCUCCCAGCCUGUCAACUACACAGUGGGAAACUCCAUACCACCAGCGUCCGUCCCCGCCUGCCUGCCCUGCCUGCCGCCCUGCCUGACCUGCAGCAGCCUCAGCCCUCAGGCCUGCCUGUCCUGCCCUCCUCACAGCUCCCUGGACCCCAUUUCUGGAACCUGCCUGCACCUCAACCAGUUCAUGCGCGAGACCACCGGCAGCUUCAUGGUGAGCCAGGGCAGCACGAGAGCACAGCUUCAGCUCAGCUCCAAGCUGCCCAUCACCAUCGCCGUGCUCAGCUGCAUCGCCAUCAUCGCCACCUUCGCCGGCAUCUUCCUGCUGCUGCAGCUGCGCUCAGGCGCGCUCAUCAAGCUGCCCUCCCUGGAGGCCGGCGGUGGCCUCGGGGGCAGCUUCAGCCUCGGGGGGAAUAGGGUGGUGUCGUACCGCGGCAUCCCGACAGUCUGGGGGGAUGACGGGGUGAACACAGACUCCGAAAAUGAAGAGUUUGACGUCCAGAAUGAGAGGACUGCCUUUAUCAAAACACAAAGUGCUCUUUAAUGCCUCCCCCACGUCCCUCUUUUCUCUUCUGCUUUUAAAAUCUUCUCACCCUCAUUUGUCUGAUAAUUCAGGGCUGUGGUAACUGUCUGUUCACAGUCUUUGCUGGUUUUUAUCUUCUCAUUCAUUUUUUUUUUUUUUCUUUUCCUUUCUCCGUCUUAUCGGAUUCUCAUCUGAGCCCCGUUCUGGGAUCUGGUCUUCCACUCUGCUGUGGGAGACCUGAUGGGAAGCUGCUGUCUCUCAAAGCUCUGGAUGGCCUGAGCUUUGCUCUAUUCACACUUGGGCGCAUUUCUAUUAAACUGGCUCUCUCCCUCCUCUUGCCCUCAAUCACGAACAGUGUCUGUCUGUGCAGAGUCCAUUUUCCCCUCCAGCUCCAG